CCUAAAUGGACAGCUUGGCAUCCAUUUUCUCUCAAUCCCGCGUCGUGUCUGGAAGCUCCGUCCCACCUGCAGAAACACCAAAAAGUUGCACGUGUUGUACGAUCCAAUGUGAAUCACCCAACAAACCCAGAAUUAGAACAAAACAAAAGGGUCCUCGCUUGGGAAGUUCCUUGCAACGAAAGGAGAUUUUUACUCAACGAACAUUCUACCUAUUCGCCCGAUUCUGGACGACUACUACCCGCCUUUGAAGUACUCCGCACCUUAGCUUCCCAUACCCCCCCACGGCAGUAGGUAUGGGACAAACACUAUAGCUUCUUAGCCAUCCGCUCGCCCUCAAACGAUCCAUUUUUCGCAUACCGGCGGGCCAUUUUCGAACACAAUGUCAUUCGCAAAUGCUCCUGUUACCCGCAGCUUGGUGCUGGGCCUGGUCGUUACGUCCAUCGGCGCAACCCUGUUCGACGUCAAGCAUUACUUCUACCUCUUGAUCGAUCCGCACAUCUUGCGAUAUCAUCAGCCAUGGAGAGCGCUAUUGUUUCAGCUCUGCUACACCAAUUCAUCCGAAGUUCUCUUCGCAGCUAUGUGUCUGUACAACAUGCGCAUUAUUGAGCGAAUUUGGGGUUCAAGAAAAUAUGCAUCUUUCGUUGUCGUAGCAGGUGCUCUCACGACUCUCAUGCUGCCUAUGCUCGUUCUCGUUCUCAGAACACUCACCUUCGGGGCUUUUAACUACCUCCCAGCGGGGCCUACGCCUAUACUAUUCGCUAUACUCGCGCAAUACCACGCCGCCGUUCCGCACGUAUAUCAGUACAGGCUUGCCCUCUCUGCCGCUCCGCCAACAGAUGAGCAGUUUGUCGGAGUAACCUUUUCCAACAAGUCGUACAAGUACUUCUUGGCAAUCCAGCUCGCCCUCUCCCAGUGGCCCGGAUCCCUUCUAAGCGCGGUAGUAGGCUGGACUAUCGGUUAUGCGUGGAGGACUGAUUUGCUCCCUGGAUCUCUCACAAAAUGGAGGGUUCCCGGAUGGUUGGUGGGAAUGCGCACGGCGAGGAGAAGGCAGGAGUUCGACGGCCUCAGAAGGCGGCUUGAGGAUGAAGACGUCACUGGGGCUGCUUCAGGAUCACAGGUUGCUCAGGAUACCGAUGCUGGACGCCGCAGGACAGUCGGCCAGCAAAUAUUCGACGAGUUUAGAGGCUCAUUAUGAGUAUGCGCCUCAUGUGUAUCACAAGCCGUUACUUCGUUUAAAGCCACCCAUGGCACUUUUUUUUGCCGCGCCUGCAUGCAUCGUUCAAUAAUGAGCUCGUUCUUGACUCGAGAUGGGUAAUUGCGCAACCCACAGGCUAAGGUUUGUAUAUACGGGUUUGUCUGUACUUGGAGCUUUGGCAUGAAUAUUUCACCUGAGGUUCAUUGUUUCUUUUGCUGAACUACACCCAUGAAAAGCCAAUUCGAUGGAUGGGCUGAAUUUUAGGACAGUUUUCGUACAACACAGCACCCGAGGCUGUAAAUUAUUAAGCGUACUAAAGGAAGUCGUGAUAUCCGGGAAUCAUCUGAUAACGCAAGUCAGAGCG